CCUCACAUGCGUUUUCACAGGACUAUAAAUCCUUUGAGUGCACUUUUCUCUCCUCCCGCUUCCCAACACUGUCUCUGGUCCGCAAAGGGAGAAAAUUCCAGAAACUGAACCCAGAAAAGGAACGCCGGAAGAAAAGGGAAAAGAAAGCAAUGGGCCGCCCAUCCUCACCUCUGUCGGCGCAUCUACCGCCCCUGAUCAUGGGCACCGCGACCUUCAACUCGCAGUACAACCACGACCCCUACGCUCUUCCGACCACCGAACUAGUCCACCGCGCUCUCACUGAUGGUGUGCGCGCCUUCGACACAUCUCCAUACUACGGUCCCGCCGAGGAACUCCUUGGCCGCGCUCUGGCCAGCGAGACCGUCCGCACCGUGUUCCCUCGCCACACAUACCAGAUCCUCACCAAGGUGGGCCGCAUUGCCUCGUCAUCAUUCGAUUACUCUCCGCGCUGGAUCCGUCAUAGCAUUCGUCGGAGUCUCCAGCGGCUGCACACCGACUACCUCGACGCGGUGUACUGCCACGACGUUGAAUUUGUCUCGCGCGCCGAGGCCCUGAACGCCGUGCGCGAGCUGCGGCGCAUCCGCGACACCGAGGGUACAAUUCGCUACGUGGGUAUCUCGGGGUAUCCCGUGGACGUGCUGUGUGAGGUUGCCGAGCUGGUCCUGCGCGAGACCGGCGAGCCGUUGGAUAUCGUGCAAUCCUACGCAAACUUCACGCUGCAAAAUACGAAGCUUUUGAGUCAGGGCUUGCCGAGACUGGCCGCUGCUGGGGUGGACGUUGUCCCGAAUGCGUCACCGCUAGGCAUGGGUCUAUUGAGGAGGAAAGGUGUGCCCAUCGGGAGCAUGGGUGAUUUUCAUCCCGCACCUGAUGGGCUGCGGAAUGCCGUUCUAGCCGCCGGAGAGUGGGCUGAUACCCAAGAGGGAGAGAAGCUGGAGGUCAUUGCAAUCCGAUUUGCAUUAGAAGCGUGGCUGCGUGAUGGAGCCAAGGUCGGAGCACGGGGGCCGCCUCUUGCGUGUGCGCCCAAUGAUGGCCGCGACUUGGUCCCGGUUGCUACCAAGGGCGCCGCAAAACGACUGGGUGUCAGCGUAAUGGGUGUCAGCAAUGUAGAUGAGUUAAACGAGACGCUUCGCGUGUGGCGGAGUAUAAUUGAUGGACUGGAGAAUGAUGACGACGAGCAGCAGCAACCCUCCGCUAGCUUGACCCCGUCGGAGGAGAACAUCAGUGACCGCGCCUGGUCCCAGGAUUGUCAGCGCCGCGUUUCUUCCCUAGCUCAGCAAAUUCAGGCCAUUCUCGGGCCAGAGUGGGUGGACUUCACAUGGGCCAGUCCAGGACCGGACUUCGUCAAUACUCUGCCUCCUAAUCACCUCUCCUCUCUUGAGGAAGCCGAGAAAGGUGCAGCGAAAGCUGGACUGAACGCUGAAUCUAGUGUGUCUGCUCCUGUUGAGACGGUGGAUAAGACGGCACUCAUUUGAUGUUGCCAGCCAUGGGAGUAACUCUGAUGUGUUUCACCCGUUCUGCCUGGCUGCGACCAGCUAACCAUCCGGCACCGUCCUCGGGUGGUCUUUCUUCCGGUCAAGCGCAGGAAUCACGACUGCC